UUAAUUAUUAUAUACAAUAGAAAAAAUUGGCGGGCAUACUUCAAAAGAAUAUCGGCAGAAAUUAAGUAAUGAAUAAAAUUAGCAUAAAAUAAUGUGACAAGUUUUAAAAGCUGAUAAUUCGGUGAAAGAGUCAUGGGGAGGAAAUAAAAAUAUUGACGAUUAAAAAUAAGAAUAGGUAUAAACCAGUCAAAAAACAUCGUCUCCUGUUUGGAUUCGUGGAUCAGUCGGCCAUCUGCCGAAUGCUUUUGAGCAAGCACAGUUCCCAAAGCCACGUCAUAUUUAUGUGCCGUGGCUGUCGAUUUGUGCGGUUGUGAGUGAGACCACCUCUUGUCCAUCCCCCGUGUUUUAACCACAAAAAAGCCCAGCAAUUAUCCCUGGACUAACUGCAACGAGAAUCAACAGAAUUACGAGAUGAACAUAUUCCGAUUGCUCGGUGAUUUAUCGCAUCUCCUAGCGAUCAUCGUUUUACUGCUUAAAAUAUGGACUACCAGGAGUUGUGCCGGUAUAAGCGGAAAAUCUCAAAUACUUUUCGCCAUCGUCUACAUAGCGAGGUACCUCGAUCUCCUCAAUACGUACAUCUCUGCCUACAACACGAUUAUGAAGUUUGUCUUCAUUAGUGCCUCAUUGGCGACUAUCUUCUUUAUGUAUGUCAAAUUCAAGGCAACCUACGAUCACAAUCACGACUCGUUCCGGAUUGAAUUUCUGAUAGCUCCGGCACUGGUUUUGGCUCUGUUGAUUAACCACGAGUUUUCCCCCCUGGAGAUUCUGUGGACUUUCAGUAUUUACCUGGAGUCAGUGGCAAUUUUACCCCAACUAUUCCUGGUAUCGAAGACUGGUGAAGCCGAGAGUAUUACAAGCCACUACCUAUUCGCCUUGGGAUCCUACCGUGGCCUGUACCUUCUGAAUUGGGUCUACCGUUAUUAUGCUGAGGAUCACUACGACCUCAUCGCCAUCGUCGCUGGAGUUGUGCAGACUGUUCUCUACUGCGACUUUUUCUAUCUCUACAUUACCAAAGUACUCAAGGGCAAGAAACUUCAGUUACCAGCUUAGCCACUCUGAGUGAAUUGAACAUAAAACAUUAAUUACAUUUAUUUUGUCAAUCAAUCUCGAUAAAAUCGAUAAUUGGAUGCAUUGCUACUGCUGACCUGGCACGCCGUUGAGACCAUCGAGGGAGAGAGGGGAAUCCUCUCGAUAUCAGUCUGACAAUAAUAACGAAAAAUUCGCACAAGUUUUCAUCUAGACGAGGAAGGAUGAGGCAGAUGGACAUGAUUGGAGUGGAAUAAAAUAAUUCAUAAUGACCCCUUUGAUCCAUGUCACCUCAUCACAUGCCAUCCCAUGCCAUCACAUGCCAUCACAUGCCUUUGAUCCAUGUGCUCAUCACACCCAAAUUCCCUUCAAUUUUUCACGUAUCAUCAGACUUUUUCUCUGUUCUCCUCUCUCCCUCCAACCUCUUGUACAUAAUUCAGAGACUGGUGAGUGUCUGCGGCGGUGGGAAAUGAGCAAUUUCAUUCAAAAAUUUUUUACCAUGUUACAAAGGUGCACAUACAGUGUCAAUCACGUGGAUGGCGUUAAUCUAGCUCUUCGCGGGAUAAUCGGAGAGUACGGGGAAGCGAACACUUUCGAUUUAGUUUUUUUUUUUAUUUCCGAAUGAAAUGAGAUCGUCGAGUCAGCAGGAAAGACUAGUAAAUUAGAGAUCUAAAUGAUACCAUGAAGUUAUCGGAUUUCUUGGUGAAUAUCUUGGAAUUGGAGCGGGUUAGAAAAAUUUGUGUGAUAGUUUUUUUUGUAGAUUUUCUUUUUUUCGCUGAAAAAGGUCAAGCGAAGAUUUUGCUAUCUCAUUCUGAUGUCGAGAUAUUCACCAUAAAUUGACGAAAAUUACGACUAAAUAAAAUUUGAUGCAUAAUGAAAAAUGAAAAAUCGAAGGUCUUGAUUUCCCUCCUCUCUGCAAUAGUAGAGAUAAUUAAAUAAAAAUAAUGAUUACGGAGUAAUUGAAAA